GAGGUGUGGCGCAAACGGGAAGUAAAUGGGGGUUGCUGGGAAAUAAAUGUCCAAUUUCGCAAGUAUGUAGGUAUUUCUGUUGCCUUUAGCUGCAGGACUGUUUUCUUGCUUCAGUGCGGUCUCUGUCCGUGUUGGUUACUCAGCUACAAACUCUCUGUCCUGCAGAGCAGACAUCCAGCAGAAGAGAAAUGGCAACCAGUGCAAAUCUCAUGAGCGAGGAGCACUUGCUCUGUCCCAUCUGUCUUGGCGUCUUCAAUAAACCAGUGACCACUCCUUGUGGACACAACUUCUGCCGGUCCUGUAUUAUGACCUACUGGGACACCACACCUGUCUGCCUGUGUCCGAUCUGUAAGGAAGAGUUUGUAAUCAGGCCUAACCUCAAGGUGAACACCUUCAUGGCAGACGUGUUGUCAGAGUUCAUGUCCCUUCACGUGACAGACGUCCCCACCCAGCGGUCAGCAGGUGGGCAGCAGGCCGCCUCCGGCAGCGAGGUGCAGUGUGACAGCUGUAGCAGCCGCGCUGUGAAAUCCUGUCUGGACUGUGUCACCUCAUUCUGCGACGGCGACCUAGAGCCGCACUACAGAGCUCCCGAACUGAAGAGGCACACGCUGGUCGAACCUCUGGCGCGUCUGGGGGACAAGGUCUGCAGGACGCAUCACCGGCUCAUGAUGCUGUUCUGCAGGAACGACAACUCGGUGCUCUGUGACUUCUGCGCCAGCUUUCAACACGCCGGCCACGACGUGGUUUCCGUGCAGAGGGGAUACGACGAUAAGACGCGCCGGCUGGGGGAAGCGGAGGCGCAGGUGCAGCGGAUGAUCCGGGAGAGGAGGCAGAAGGUCCAAAGCACGAGGGGGUCACUGGUACAAAGCAGGACGGAGACAGAAGGCGUGGUCGAAAACGCCACCGGGGGCCUAACGGAGUUGGUGUCUGAGAUCCAGAAGACCCAGGAGGAGCUCUUAAAGGUGGUCGAGGAGAAGCAGAAGGCAGCAGAGGAACAGGCGGAGGGGUUAUUUACAGACAUGGAGAGGGAGAUUUCUGGUUUGGAGGUGACGGCGAAGGAGCUGGAGGAGCUAAGGGGGGUUAAAGACCAGGUGUGUUUCCUGCAGAGGUUCCCUCACCAGUCCCUCCAGCCACACACCAUGGACCUGUCCACAUGCAGCUUCAACAGGCACCUGGAGGUGCAGCACUUGCGUAAAUCGGUGAGAAACGCAAUAUCCCAGCUGCGGGGGGUACUGGGGAAACUGAACGAGGACGUCAACAGAUUCUCCAACAGCGCAGACGCGUCGAACGAGGUGACGCUCCGGUACAUGCAGCAGUACGCGGUGAACGUGGCGCUGGAUCCCGACACGGCUCACCCCAUGCUCAGCCUGUCCUCUGACGGGAAGCAGGUGCGGUACAACGUGGGCGUGGGUCUGUGGGAGAACCAGGUCCUCAAGCCCACCAGGUUCACUCAGCAUCUCGCCGUGGUGGGACGGAGAGGCUUCUCUUGCUGCAGGUUUUACUUCGAGGUUCACGUGGGCAAGAAGACCGAGUGGUGUCUGGGCGUGGCAACGGCGUCGCUCCAAAGGAGCGGGGAUUUGGUCCGGAGUCCCGGCUGCGGACUCUGGGCCAUCUGGUUCCUGUUGGACAAGUUUGAAACCUUCAGCUCCCCGGGCGUAUCGGUGUACGCAGGGAAAGCGGAGCAAGUCGGGGUUUUCGUUGACUCCGUCGCAGGUCAGGUGUCGUUCUUUGACGUCGUCACAGCGGCUCACAUUUACUCCUUUACUGAUUGUUUGUUUACCGAGGCGCUCUAUCCGUACUUCAAUCCCUGCGAUAAUGAGUACGGUUCAAAUCUGGAUCCAAUGAUCAUUGUUCCUGUUCCUUCUGCAGAAUGAGCAGCGUGUCCGUUGAUCAAUUAUUUGAUUUAGUUCCGAAAUAUAUAAGAACACGAAAACUGUAGUUAAAUGGCAGAAGAUGGAGAAUAUUUCUAAAAGCAAAGUUUAUCUUAUACUGUUCUGAACGUCUGGUCCAGACGUGAGUUUUGAUGUUUUGUUUUUUUUCACUCAUGCACUCUAUUUUCUGUUGAAAUUCCAAUAUUUCUUAUUAUUAUUCUCCCCCAAUUUGAAAUGGCUGUUUAGAUUCCUAAAUACAGUGUGU